GACUUCCUUUGUCGCUUGUCGUACAGUGUUUGAAUACAUCAACCAACAACAACAACAGCUCGUAGCCAGAGCCUAUCGCGUGUUCGUGCCGGUCAGUCAGUCAAAAUUACCUCUAUUUCUUGUGAUCUUGAAAUGAAGAGCUCGACACGAUCGCGGAUUGCUGCGGCUUGCGGCGACGGAAAGAAGAGAACCCUGGAGACAUUUCGAGUUUCUACGCCAAUUGGGGAAAUGCUACUUUGCGUCUGUAGCCAAGGGUUACACAUGAUUUAUCAAAAAGACAAUAUCACAGACGAGAACUUCGUGCCAGAUACAAGCAAACACACUUCUUUACUCAGCAACCCUCCACAAGAUGAAAAAGUAAAAAAUUGUCUUGAGAAUUGUCUAAAAUGGCUUGAAACGUAUUUUCACAAUGUUGGCAAUGUAUCUCAUCUUUGCAUCCCGUUACUGUGCCCUCUCUCUGUGGACGAUCUCUCUUUCCGAGAAAGAGUUCUUUUUUACUUGGUUGAUAAGGUGCCAUUUGGGAAAACUAUUACUUAUGGAGAGCUUGCAUCGUUUGCUGGAAGCCCAGGAGCACAACAGGCUGUUGGGACUGUAAUGGCCUCAAACCCUUUUCAGUUGAUUGUCCCAUGUCAUCGAGUGGUAAAAAGCGGUAACAAGGUGGGAAAAUAUUCAGGUGGUUGCCGCAAUACUGUCAAAGUAUGGUUACUUCAGCAUGAGGGAUUAAGUGUAGAUGAGACAGGCUCAGUGUUAACUCAAUUGGCAUAAUUGAAAUAAAACUUUUGAAUGACUACUUAAAAUUAAUAUACCAAGGAAGAUUUGCAUUUAUAUGUCCUGUGACUAGUGUGCGGUAUGAGAGACAAAAUAAAGUUUGAUUCAACUGUU